AUGGGGGGCCCCAAGACCAAGUUUGCACGAGAGACGCAAGAUCGGCUUUAUCAGAGCAGGACAUUCAAAAGAAAACAGGAAACAAGAAAACGAUCUCGUAUCGAAUAUGUACAAGACUCAUCAGACAAGUAUGACUCCAGGGAUGUGGACAGGUUAUGGAAGGAUGAUGUUUUGGUUGACGGUUAUCUGGAGUGGUGCCACUUUGUGGUGGAGGACACCUUGAAGAUGAUCGAUGAGAGUCAUCAGUGGAGAAAAGAAUUCAAACUGAAUGGUGGAUUGACCUUUCUCUGUUCAAAGUCUCUAUUUGAGUCUGGCAUGCAUUAUUUCCACGGCUAUGAUAAAGAGGGCAACAAACUGUUCUGGUUCAGGGUUAAGUUGCACAUGAAGGAUGUGAAGAUGUUGACGGAGAAGAAAAUGUACGUGGCCUUCUGGUUGGAGAGCUACGCCCGACGGGAACCGGGGAUUCCCCUCACAGUGAUCUUUGACAUGUUUGAAGCGGGUCUAAGCUGCGUUGACAUGGAUUUGAUCAAAUAUAUAAUCAAUUGCUUCCAGGUGUAUUACCCUAGAUUGUUCUCCAAAAUGCUCAAGUACGAGAUGCCAUGGAUCAUGAAUGCGGCAUUGAAAAUAGUGAAGAACAUGCUCAGUCAAGACGCCAUCGACAAGCUGAAGUUUGUGUCCAAGAGUGACAUCCAGAACUAUGUUGAUGGGGAGCAUCUCCUGUCUUACAUGGGAGGAACUUACCCAAUCAAAUUCAGUUACCCGCCGUUGCCUGAUGACGUCUUCCAGAACCCCAUACCAGAGACUGGACAAGAGGAUGACACAGAGUCAAAGGAUGAUGACCUGGAGGCCAAGGAUACUCUGGUGCCGAGCUCUCCUACACUCAGAACCAGAAAUGUUGUCCUUCGUUCCCCUUACGACACUCCUUGGCAGGUAUACUUGGCACAGGAUGGGGACAAUGAUGGCUCCAUCAGAUGGAAAGGAUCCCGUAGGCCAACCAUCACUUUCAAAGGCACCUUACUCUAUAUCAGUCCUGAUGAUUUGUGCUUUGGCCACAGAGAGGGUGAGAAGAGAUGUCUGAUCAUGCUUAGUAAUGUCACCAAAAACCAAGUGGCCUUCAAGGUGCGUACCACAGCCCCAGAGAAGUACAGGGUGAAGCCAAGCAGUAGCAGUUGUGGGGCGGGCGAGAGUAUGGAAAUCACUGUGUCCCUGCAUGGAGGGUUCCUGUGUUCUCCUCAGGAUCGCUUCUUAAUCAUGGCUGCUGAGAUGGAGCUACGUAGCGGUGGGGGGAGCACAGACCUCACCCAGUUCUGGAAGGGUGUCCCAAAGGCUAAAAUAAUGGAGCACAGGCUGCGGUGUCGCAUGCUGGAGGGCAUCAAGUCGGCACUCAGCCCUUUGACUGACAGGUCUCACAAAAUGGAGAUCAAUGGCUACCAAGACAAGCACAUCAUGGUCUUUCAGUAGAUGGCCAGCAGCUCCAGGCUGGAACAGAAGGUGGACUGUUGCCUGUGGUGGCAGAAGCUCUUGACUGUACUGGUGACUGCACUGACGGCCUUGGGCUUCUCCGCCCUCUACAUACAGUACACUGGGGAGUGGCCAUUUUGAAACUUUCCUACAGUGGAGGAAGAAGACCAAAGACCAGUUACAGUGGAGUUAGGAUGAAAGGGGAUUUCUGAUUGGAGCAGAAAUAUGAGGAACUACUCGCAAUCCACUCUCUGGCCUUUGGACACUGAAUUUAAUUAUAUUUCCACACUAUCAGGUUGGAAUAAUACUGUGAAAUUAUGAAAGUAAUAAUAAUGCCCUUUUAGUGUAAGAGCUGUUUGAGUGGGUGAUGGCUAGAAGGGAUCUAGCUUUUGUCUUGACUUUUCGUAGCAGGUUAGGAGAAUUAGGUUAUGGUUGGAAACUUUUUACAUUAAUUUGACAAAAGCUGGAGCCCUUCUCGCCAUGACCAUUUUGAUGGUAUGGAGUUUUAGCCUGCCUGGUGACCAUGUUUUCAGUUAAAAUCACAGUAAGGUACUUAAUUGUUACCCAGAAAAUGAUUUGAUAUUGAGAUAAAAACAGCUGCAUUGGACCUUUUCAACCUAUCUUCUGAAUGAUGUCUAACUAGAACUAUUUACUAUGGGUUUAUAUGAAUGCAAGACCAUGGAUAUAAUUUUAUAGCCAACAUGUCAUCUUGGUGUUUUCACAGUGUAAUUUACGUUGUUACAUUACAUUGUAACAGUCCUGUAGCAUUUCCCCUCGCUUCAGCUGAAGAAGCAGAACCAGCCAAAUACCUACAUGCACUCUAUGAA